AUGGCCACCGACGCGCCGCGUAUCGCGCCGAUCGCGCCGAGCGAUGUGCGCCGUAUUGCCGGUGCGCAAGUCGUGCCUGAUAUGCGAUCCGCGGUGAAGGAGCUAAUUGAGAAUGCGCUGGAUGCAGGCGCCACAAGUAUAGUGGUGGACAACGGCAGCGGUAUACGCAGGGACGAUUAUGCUAUGAUUGCCACAGAGAAGGAUGCGCCCAUGGGUACCCUGCUGGAAUUUGCGCAUGAUGGUUCUCUGAAGGCGUGUGACAAGCGCAUCGCAAGGCAGCGUGGCACGUCCGUGACUCUGCUGAAUCUUCUCUCGGGUCUGCCUGUCCGUCGGCGCGAGCUAGAGAAGAAUGUAAAGCGCGAGUUUGCGAAGGCGCAUGCCAUGAUCCAGUCGUAUGCCCUGGUUAGUGAGGGCGUGCGUUGGGCCUCUUCCGUCCUGCUGGCAGAUGGAAAACGCGUCUCGCAACUCGUUGUGCGGGCUUCGUCGGGGCCGCAGUAUCUGCAAGCGAAUAUGGCCGCGCUCUUCGGCACCAAGGCCUCGGCGGCUAUGCAGUCCAUGAAUCUAGAUCUCUCUGACGACGACCACGACGACGACAUUCGCAUGCUGGGCCUCGUCUCGAAGCCCGCUGCGGGCAGUGGGCGCAGCAGUGGCGAUCGCCAGUACUUUUACCUGAAUGGGCGUCCAUGGGAAUGUCCUAAGCUGGCACACAUUUUUAACCAGGUGUAUCGCACAUUCAAUGCAACACAGUUUCCUUGUGUUAUUGCGGACCUGCGACUCGGUAGGCAUGCCUACGAUGUGAAUGUGAGCCCGGACAAGCGGACGUUGUACCUCCACGAGGAAGCUGUUCUGCUGGAACGCAUUCGCGUAGCGCUCGAGCAAGUUCUUGAGCCAUCUCGGAGCAUCCUGCACGUGCAGAAUCAGGCGUUCGAGUCGACACCGACACCUUCGGAAGAAGCUCCCAAGCGUAGCGCGCCGGAAGCUACACGCGAUCCCCCCAAAUCGGCCCGCACAGAAACUUGUGUAUCGACGCUGUCAGCUUCGUGGAGCUCCCCACCGGUUUCACAAGAUGCUAGUGCUUCGCAGGGCGUCUCGUCUAUGCGCGCGCAGUUUCGACAGGCCGUACAAAACUUUGCAAUGAAGAGAGCACAGUUGCCUGAUAAUUACGUGUCGGAGUAUGAAGAAGAAGGUCUGGAUGGGUCGGACAUAGAGGACCAGCCCAUCUCACCAGGCAGCCCAGAUGCGUCGUUGCAGGGUGAGACUAGGCACAGAUCCCCCAUGACGACUCCUACUACACCAGCCGAGCCUGAAAAUACAGUGGAACGCCCAGCAUGGCAACGUCACAAGCGGCGCAGACUGCCAGAAACACCGAUCCAGGCCCAAGACUUGGACGAUGACCAACCAAAUAACGAGCCCGAUCGCAGGGCACAGAUACCAGACGUGCCUGUGUCGCCGGGUGUAGAAAGCCCCCCGUCAGACUGGGAGGAGCCGGCUCGACCAGCUGACUGUCCGCCCGCAUCCUGCUCCACGCCGCAGGUCGAUGCCCCUCACAACGAGCAGGAUCUGUUUACAAUCACAGCGACGUCUGUGUCUACCGAAUCUAGUGAUGAGCUGGACGAGGAAGCUCAGCCCUCCUCGCCCGUCCAUGUUCAGCCGAUGAAUACCCAGGACAAGGGUCGCACUGUACAAAGAUCAACAAAUCGCAGUUCACUUUCGGCACACACUGUCAUACUUCCGUUUGAUUUUCAGAAAUAUCGUGGCCGUUUGGAGCGCGCACCCACGCCGUGCACGCCCAGGCCUUGGCAGGGAGCGGAAGUGGGUGUCCCUGAUCAGGAGGUGGUUGCAGCUUUGGAGCGAGUCUUGGCCAAGCCGGACUUUAGCCAAAUGCACGUUGUGGGGCAGUUCAAUUUGGGUUUUAUUAUUGCCAGACGAACCACACCAGAUAUGGACGACCUCUUCAUUAUUGAUCAGCAUGCAGCGGACGAAAAGUUCAAUUUCGAGACUUUGCAGCGUACCACCAAGAUCCACAGCCAGCAGCUUCUGCGCCCCCAACCUGUGGAGCUGGCACCCACGGACGAGCUUGUAGCCAUGGAACAUGCUGAAUGGCUACGCAUAAAUGGCUUCGACGUCAGUGUGGACGAGGAGGCUGCACCAGGUCAUCGUAUCAAGCUGCUCUCUAAGCCGUCGGGCUUGUCGGAAGAGCAUCAUGGUCGGUUCGGCAUUGGACCUCCGCCAGAUGCGGCAGGUACUCCAGCACAUGAGCGAGACGGAGCAGCCAUGGAACUGCCCCCAUGGACGGCCUACAAUCCGUCAUCUGACGACGCUGGGAACACCAUCGAGUGCGCGGCCUGUCGCAUGGUCGGCGCUAUCGCUUCUGUAGCAAAUGGCACGUGCGAGACGCCUGCCCUGAGGGUGGAGGUAAACCGAGGUCGAUCAGCAAGGUUGGCCCACGAUGGACGACGGAGCCGAAGCGUGGCAGGCCACACUACGGGCCACGCAGCGCGUCUACUAGUCAGGCUGGACGAGGUACGGGAUCGCCUCUCGCAUGCGCGUGAAACGGCUCAAAAGGCAUGCAUGCUACCACCCAGCACCGAUGGUCCACAGCGACUUUUCGAUGCUGUCGCAUCUAUUCACUCUCACUUUCAUAAAAUCCAUGCCGACGCGCUGGAUUUGGAGCUUCAGCUAGAGAGCGAACGCGCAGUGCUGACUGCCUACGACGUGUGCAUGCAGUGUGAGCGCAUACUUCUCCAUUUGGAAUCAAACUCUGCAUCUGAAUCUCCGGGUUCCAAAGAUGCCUUGGAAGCGAAGAAGCGGCAUAUGCUCUCGACAUGUGCGCAUCUGAUAUCUACGAUGCGUCGAUCUCUACCCGUGCAACCCAAGGCGAGAGCACGCUACGCUCAAAUUGAAUCACGUUGGAGUAUACUGCAGCAAAAACAUCAUAUGGAUGAUGUUCAAGAAGCUUCCGACGUGUUAGCCUCGUCGCUUACUAUCAGCACGCCGAUGAGCAAGCGUCCAGCCGGUGACGACGACGCCCGCAAGCGGCGCUGGUCCCUUGGUACACCGAGUCGCUUGCCGCGGACGCCGGGAUCUUUACCGCGGACACCUUCACACACCAUGUCGCACGUCACAGGCACCUUUGGUCGAGGAUUCGCCCAGCGAGCGGGCGUCUACAAGACCUAUGUCAGCUAUGGACCGGCCAAGAACACCUAA